GGAAGAUAAUCCAGCAAAGAUGAAGCAGUUCGUGCUGAGCAAGCUCGGCAAACUCUCUCAACAAUUCCAGAGCGUUGUGGAAAGAACCAAGCUCGUCAACAUCUCCUGCGCGCCGCUGAAGCUCCGGUGGCCCUGGGAUCUUCUCCGGGGAGAGAUCUGCAGAGGCAACGUAUGCGUCGCCGGCGACGCCCUGCACCCGAUGACGCCGGACAUUGGCCAGGGCGGCUGCUCCGCCUGGGAAGACGGCGUCGUUCUGGCGAGGUGCCUCGGCGAAACCUUCCUGGCGAAAACACAAAACGGCGACGAAUGGGGAAGGAUCGAAAAGGCGGUGGAGACGUAUGGAAAGGAGAGGAGGUGGAGGAGUAUUGGGCUGAUAGCGACGGCAUACGCGGUGGGGAUGGUGCAGCAGAGCGACGGGAAGGUGAUGAGCUUUUGUUGCCGGGAAUUUUGGCCGGAUCUCUUCUCAAGAUGGCUGAUUUCGACUGCGGGAAGCUUAAUUGAUUCAUCAAGUGGGACUGAUUUAUUUGUUGAUUUGAUGUGCAACAAAUGA